UUAAUGACCAUCAAAUGUCGAUUUCUGCACUACACACUGAAAAUAGUAUCGUGAAAAAGGUGAAGUUGAGUAGAAAACCCCAAAACCCUAGACAGAAUUGAUCCAUCGCCAUGAGAGGAGCUUUGCUUAGAAGUUUUCCUCUGUACAUUCGCCGUCUCCAUUUGUCUCGCAACUCACAACCCUAUUCUGUCAUUUCUAAUGCCUAUCCCAACUAUUGCUGUAGAAAUUACAUCGCAGGAAAUGCACCAGCUUCAGUCAAAUUGUUUCCUCCGGGAAUGCGAUUUUUCUCGUCCGAAAAUGGAAGCCCGGAACCGGACUCGAACUCUGAAAAUCAAGCUGUCGUGACUCAACCUGAAGAGAAGAAGGAGGUGGCGGCUGAUGUUGGAGAUGUGAACAACAAAGAAUUAAAACUUCAGAUGGAGGACUAUUUCAAUAACUUCAAUGAAGAGGCGCUCCCAUCAAUCCUUGAGUCUAUUCUGAAGAGGAGGCUUUCAGGGAAGCAUGAGGACACUGAUGAUGAAGUAAUAGAUGAGCUACAAAUGCAGCCAUUGGAUAAUGUAAAAGACGAAGAUUUUGAAUCAGAUUUCGAGGAAGCUUGUGAAACUGAUGAAGAAAUUGAUGAUUUGUACAACGCUAGGGAAAUUGUAGUGAAGAAAAUGACAUCCAAUGAUCCAUAUGUUAACAUGGAUGACAGGAAAUGGGAUGACAUGAUAAAAGAAGCUACUGAGCAUGGUUAUCUUAAUGAUACAAGGGAGUGUGAGGCAAUACUAGAGGACAUGCUUAACUGGGAUAAGCUUCUACCAGAUGAGAUCAAGAGGAAGGUCGCAAAGAAGUUUGAUGAGAUAGGUGAUAGGGUUGAAAAAGGUGAGCUUGAGGUUGAAGAAGGUUAUGCAUUGUUCAAGGAGUUUGAAGACCAGAUGGUCUUGGAAUGUGCUAAGUUAAUGGAGGCAGAGGCAGAGGCUUCCCAGUUUGACAAGGAUGUUGUGCCUGAUAACAAUAAGGACCUGGAUGACCCACCAGGUGAGGGGCCAAUACUUAGGUGGCAAACAAGAGUGGUCUUUGCUCCUGGUGGUGAUGCAUGGCAUCCGAAAAAUAGAAAAGUCAAGUUGUCUGUUACAGUUAAAGAGCUUGGACUUUCCAAGCAUCAAUUUUUGCGACUGAGAGAAUUGGUUGGAAAGCGAUACAAUCCUGGGAAAGAUGAACUUACCAUAACCAGUGAAAGGUUUGAACAUCGGGAAGAGAAUAGAAAGGAUUGCCUCAGAACUCUAUUUUCUAUAAUCGAGGAGGCUGGAAAAGCUAGGCAACUGGUGGAGGAUGCUCGAACUGCAGCGGUCAAAGAGAGGCUUAAAGCUAAUCCAAAGUUCAUGGAAAGGUUACAAGCCAAGAAGCAAGUCACAGGAUCAAGUUCACUAACUGCAUGACAAGAACUAUGGCAUUCAGAUUGCUUUCUUGAAAAAUGACGCUUAAGCAUCCGAUGAUCACUCAUCUUUUUAAAGGUUUGCCUCAUUUUCCAUUUUCAAAAGGGUAUUUUGCGCGGAUGAAGCUGUUGCCAACAUGCUUUGCAAAAGAUGCUGUUCUGUUGCUUGUUCUAGCUGUUUAGAGAAUGAGAAAAGGUGGAAUCGGUACAAAAUGAUAUAACUCAGAUCAGUCCAGAAUAUCUUUUAUCAAUAAAAAUCUUACAGAUCUUUGUUUUACAGAAAAUCAAUGAAGAUAAUUUCAUCUGAUUGUCGAAUGUGAGCCUUGUUGAUUUCUUUGGCUCUGUUCUUGUGUCCUCGUAUGCAUUGGAUUUUUAGAUUUUCCAUGCUCCCUGGCAGUUCAAUUGCAUCAUUUUCUAAUUACCAUAA